AUGAAGGUGCUGUCAGUGUCAGUUGGCCUUUCAAUGUGUUUGUAUGAUGGCUUUUUAUGAAGGAAUUGGACUUGGCGUGACAACUGAUAGGCAAACAGUUGUGUUGGACAUCGGAUAUGCGUAUACGAAGUAUGGAUUCACAGGUGAAGCAGCACCAAGGGGUUUUAUACGAACAGAAGCUGCACUUCCAGAAAACAAGUCCAGGGUUAAGAUAUUUGAUCAUCUGCAGGAUGAUAAGCUUUACGAUUUGCUUGUGGAGUUUAUACACCAUCUGUACUUCAGGAAGCUGUUGGUGAGCCCGAAGGAUCGGCGUGUAGUAAUCGUUGAAUCUCUCUUGUGCCCAACAAGUUUUCGAGAUACUUUGGCUAAGGUCUUCUUCCGGCAUUUUGAUGUGGCCUCGCUGUUGUUUCUACCAUCACAGUUGGCAGCUCUCUGUACACUGGGCACCGAUACAGCACUCCUUGUAGAUUUGGGGUAUCGCGAAGCCACUGUCGUCCCAGUGUAUGCAGGUGUCCCAGUGCUUCGUGCUUGGCAGGCACAACCUAUAGCAGGAGAGGCAGUGGAGAGGCGCAUCAGAGAGCAACUUGCAGCAAGUGAAGGUAGCCCCUGUGACCUGAGCAGUGAGCAAAUUGAAGACAUUAAGGUUAGAACUUGCUUCGUGACAACACUGGAACGCUCUCAAAAGCUAAGUGAAGUAAAACCACCCCCUUCCGUGGACUACCCAGUGGCAUGUGGACGCCAUAUUACAGUUCCUGGCAACUUGCGUGAAACUGCUUUUGAAGUUUUGUUUGAAGAGGAUGGUGACCAGUUGUCUCUGUCCAAUCUCAUAUUGGAUGCUAUACUGGAGUGUGCAACAGAUGCUCGUCGGCCGCUAGCAGAAAAUAUCUUCAUUGUUGGUGGGACAGCAAUGGUACCUGGCCUCCGUGCCAGGUUACGGGAUGAAAUGAGACAGCUUUUGGGUUUGGAGCGUUAUGCCAGUAAGCUUUCAUUGCCAAAUCUGAAAUUUCACAGAGCCCCUGCCAAAGAAAAUUAUGCUGCAUGGCUUGGAGGUGCAAUAUUUGGUGCAACAGACUCCUUGGUGUCACGGUCCCUGACGAAGGAGUCCUACAUGAAGACCAACUGUGUUCCUGACUGGGCUAAUUUAUACUACAACAGGCCUUCAUCAGAGCAGAUGUGCCUCUAAAAACAAAUGUUCAUCUAUUUUGGCUGUGUCCUAACUUUUAAUUCAUGUAGCUACUAUACAUAAUUUAAUUUGUAUAACAGAGUAAUACAUCGUCAAUCAUUUGAAAUUAUGAUUAAUACAAUCUUACUGCAAAACGUAUUGUUUCCUAAGGCCCUGAAGUGAAGUCACAUAAUUAAAAAGUGACAAAUUCAUCAACCAA